UUUGUUUGUGUGUGUCAAGAUGGCGGCUGGAAUGUAUCUAGAGCACUAUCUGGACAGCAUAGAGAAUCUUCCUUUUGAACUGCAGAGGAACUUCCAUCUGAUGCGAGAUCUCGACCAGAGGACAGAGGAUCUGAAAGGGCAGAUUGAUUCUCUGGCUCGUGAAUACACGGCUAAUGCUCGGACACUGUCCUCCGAACAGAAGCUCUCGCUGUUAAGACAGAUACAGCAGUCUUAUGGGAAGUGUAAAGAGUUUGGAGAUGACAAGGUCCAACUCGCCAUGCAAACUUAUGAGAUGGUGGAUAAGCAUAUUCGGAGGUUGGAUACAGACCUGGCUCGCUUCGAGGCUGACCUCAAGGAGAAACAGAUAGAGAGUACCGAUUACGACUCUACAUCCAGCAUAGGCAACAAGAGUGACCAGCGAGGGCCCAAGAAGAAGGAGGUGGCUCACACCAGGUCAAAGGUCAAGAACUCUGACGAUGACUGCAGCUCAAAGAGUGGACAGAAGAAGGUCAAGAUUACUCAAAGUUCUGAGUUUUCUUCGCCGGCUGUGAACUUUGGAAACGUUCACCCCUCAGAUGUGCUGGACAUGCCAGUCGAUCCCAACGAACCCACCUAUUGCCUUUGUCACCAGGUCUCAUAUGGGGAGAUGAUUGGCUGUGACAAUACUGAUUGCUCCAUUGAGUGGUUCCACUUUGCCUGUGUGGGACUGACCACCAAGCCCAGGGGGAAAUGGUACUGCCCAAGAUGUUCACAGGAGCGAAAGAAAAAAUGAACAUGCAAUUUAAAAACAAUGAUUCACAGAGAGUGAGUUAGCUGGAACGUGUGUUAAAUGUGUUUUAAAGGCCCUCCAUAGACACUAAUAUAGAUCAACACUCCACUUUAUCUGGUGCUUGUCCUUUACCAUCUUCACAUCCCUCUUUCAGUCUGAUAAAAAAGGAAGGGAUGGCAGGUGAAGAUGAAGGAGGUGUAGUUACAACAGUAGCUUUAUUUAUAUGUUCAGUAAUGAAGAUUACUUUUUUAUUGAGUAUUUUUAUUUUGUUUUGGCUCUGCGUUUUUAUAUUCUUAUAUUUUCAAUUUGUUUAUUUGGAUAUUUUUUUUAUGCAUUAUUAUUCAAUAAGUCAGCACAUAAACUCUGCAGUCAAAUCAAUCAGGGAACAAAUCAGGAUUUUUUUAAUACAUACUUACAUUUCUCAUUUUCAGUUGUAAUACCAGGUGGUCUCAGACUGGAUAUUUGCAAACAAUAUCCCUCUCAGAAGAUAAUCUGUGACCGUUUCUAACUUAUCUCAGUUUUUGCAUUUACAAGACAAAAAAAACGGUUCUCAGUUUAGGAGAUUGAUAAAGCCUUCCCCAACCUGAUCCCUUAACCUCUUUUCUCAUUUCAAUAUUCAUAAAAGGGCAAUAGCUACAUCAGUGUACCUGAACUGACUUGACACAGACAUUUUGUUUUGACAAACAAGCAUUAAAAGGACGUAGCUGCUCACUAGGAACCGCUUAUCUGAAACUGCAUUAAACUUGACUUUUACACAGUACAGAGCCUUUUUAGUUCUGCUACCUUUAACUUAUGCACAUUCAAAAAUAUUGUAUAGAAAAAAUGCACUUGAAAACCACCUCUUUACUUCAGGUUCAUUCCACAACUGUAGUGUUCAAUGCAAACAUGUUUUGGUGCUUAUCACACACUGCUUUGAUCAUAUUGAAUAGGUUCCACUCUACUCUGAUAGACUGUUGAAAAGCAUUAAGACAGCAUUUACCUCAGUUGUCAUAAUAAAACUGAUGCCCAGUCAUUAAUGCAUUUAGCGCUUUUCAUUGUAACCUCUGAACAGAAUUGGGGGAUUCUUAGCGACUGGAUUUUGGUGCUUUUGAAUAUAUUAACUAUAAAGUGUUUGACAUGGUUACAUGUGUUGACAUUGUUAAAGCAGUUUGAGACAUUUUGAAAGAUUUCGAAAUCGACUAUGGUGAUAUCAACCUGUAUUUAAAGGUGCACACAGUCAUGUUUUACUCCUAAAGAAAUUAAUUGUAAUUCUGAAACAUAUGUAUGAAAUCUUGUCCACUCACAUAAGAAGUUUCCAGUCAUAUCAAUUUUAACUGUUUUUUUUUCCUCAUAGAGAGGGUCCCCUCAUGGGGGCUGACAUGUUAAAAUUACAUGACUAGUUGAAUACUGCUCGCUUAAUCUCAUUAAUUGCCCUGUUUUUGGACACUUUCACUCUUGGAUUAAAAUAAUCAUGGCUGACUGUGAAUAGGGAAUUUCUGCAAUGGCAUCUAUAAAUGAAAACUUGAUUUCGAAUGAUGCAUCCAUGCCGCUAGGUGUCACUUUAAGUCCAAGAUGACAGGAAGAAAAGGUAACUUAAUGCACCUUUAAGAUUUGGUGGUCAGACUAUACUGUUAAAAAAUGUUUCAUAACCUGGUGCUACAGUGAUUCUUACCGGUUAGUUUUAAAUGAUAAUAUUGUCUGGUCUAUGAUGAAGGCUUUGUGUCACGUGUUCUUUGCUUUUGUCAUGUAACAUUGUGAUUUGAUUUGUCCAGAUAUUUUAAAGUACUGUACUAAUGUCAGAUUUUGAGUUUGGUGACUUCCAUGCUAAAUGAACAAAGUCUGAAAGCAUUUUUGGGUCUUUUGGUUUUUAUUUUGCUCAUUCUGGGGAUGUUUUAAGUUUGUGUCUAGAAAGUAACUGUCUGGCUGCCGAAAGUGUCCCAAGAGUCAAAUGUGAUGUUCACACUCUGUUUUUUAUUUAUUUGAAGUCCCACAGAACCCCUACACCUUCCCCCUAACUCUACACCUAUGCCUAAUCUUAAAGGGAUAGUUCACCCAAAAAUGAAAAUUAUCUGUUUUGUAUUGUAAUUUAGUUGAAGAAAUAGUGCAGUCAUUUAUAAAUGAGCAUACACAAUAAGAAUUGUAGCCCAUCGACCACUGUGUUUCCAAAAAAAAUAAUAAUAAUAAUUUAAUUUAAGAUUCUUUUUUUUCUCUGUUGUACCAAAACCGUACCGAACCGCAUCCCCAAAACCGAGGAAAGCACUGAACCAUGAAUUCUGUGUACCGUUGCAGACCAAGUAUUAACAAUCAACUCUCUCAGCUCCUAAAACUUACUUCACGUACAAACACUUGAGUAGCAUGCUUGAGCAAAAUGUCAUCUGUGAAUGCAUUUAAUGCUAUGAAUCAUUGGCAUUGUGUUGUCUGGGUACUUGUACUUGGGCACAAGUACAAUAAACGUGGCAUGUUUUGGAGAAUAA